AUGGUUCUUGCUGGACAAACACCAGACACCACCUAUGAUUGGAGAGGAAGCGAUGAUAAAUUAUGAAAGUUUCUUGAAGGUUGGUGACAAAGCUGGAUCAAAGUGUAGGCAAUUUUUUACAGCAAAAAUCUUUGCUAAACUCCUUCAUACAGAUUCCUAUGGAAGAAUUUCUAUCAUGCAGUUUUUUAAUUAUGUCAUGAGAAAAGUUUGGCUUCACCAAACAAGAAUAGGACUCAGUUUAUAUGAUGUUGCUGGACAAGGGUACCUUCGAGAAUCUGAUUUAGAAAAUUACAUAUUGGAACUUAUCCCUACUUUGCCGCAAUUAGAUGGGCUGGAAAAAUCCUUUUAUUCUUUCUAUGUUUGCACUGCUGUUAGAAAGUUCUUCUUCUUUUUAGAUCCUCUAAGAACAGGGAAGAUAAAAAUUCAAGAUAUUUUAGCAUGCAGCUUCCUAGAUGAUUUAUUGGAGCUAAGGGAUGAGGAACUGUCUAAAGAAAGUCAAGAAACAAACUGGUUUUCUGCUCCCUCUGCACUGAGGGUUUAUGGCCAAUAUUUGAAUCUUGAUAAGGAUCUCAAUGGCAUGCUCAGUAAAGAGGAACUCUCACGCUAUGGAACUGCAACUAUGACCAAUGUCUUCUUAGACCGUGUUUUCCAGGAAUGUCUCACUUAUGAUGGAGAAAUGGACUACAAGACCUACCUAGACUUUGUUCUUGCGUUAGAAAACCGAAAAGAACCAGCAGCUCUGCAGUAUAUUUUUAAACUGCUUGAUAUUGAGAACAAAGGAUAUCUGAAUGUCUUUUCUCUUAAUUAUUUCUUUAGGGCCAUACAGGAACUAAUGAAAAUCCAUGGACAAGAUCCUGUUUCAUUUCAAGAUGUCAAGGAUGAAAUCUUUGAUAUGGUAAAGCCAAAGGAUCCUUUAAGAAUCUCUCUUCAGGAUUUAAUCAACAGUAAUCAGGGAGACACAGUAACCACCAUUCUAAUUGAUCUGAAUGGCUUCUGGACAUACGAGAACAGAGAAGCCCUUGUUGCAAAUGACAAUGAAAAUUCUACAGACCUUGAUGAUACAUGAUAUCUGAAGG